AUGCCCAAAGAGGACUUUGCAUUGUGGACCCUGUCGCUACCGGAAGCCCGAUUUUUUGCAAUUAAGGCAAACAGCAAGAAAAUAACCACGAAGAAGGUAGCCGCUAUUUCACUUCUUCUAAUCAUUCUUUCUACAUUGGUCUGCCUGCACCGAAACAGUCACCUGGUUUCUUUUAAGGCCGCUCCCAUGAAUGACUGCUUUCAAAUUCACCUCGGCGGUGGCGUCAACGCCCAUUUCGGGCCCGGCCUCCUAGUGAAGACCAACCCAUUUCUUGGGCCUCGCGAACCCAUCGCUGGCGCGCUGGAGUACAUUGUUGAGAGCGUGCACACUGGAUCACAGGUAAGAAGUCUGAUACGUUUAUGGUAGGCAGCGAAAAAGCGACUAGUCAGUUCGAACUCACAAAUCUGUCUGGACUCCUAACUUCGAUCGGAGCGCACCAACUGCAGUUACUAUCAUGGGUGCAUGAAGUGUAGAAUUGUGUUGUUCGAAAACAAGUAGCACUUCACUUCCGUUCUAUUCCCCCCCCCUACUCCCUUAUUAUAACGAAAUAUUACCUUAAAUGACUAAGGGGAAUAGAGUGGUUGUUUCCAGAUUUUUCGUCAUUGUUGGCCAGCCAAACACAAAUUCCCGCCUAAUUGGGAAUCUGUAAAGUUCAAGUCCCGGUCCGGUUGGUCACAUAAUUUGUCGCUCUAACAGCCGCACCAUAAUUUUGGGCUCUUUUGGCUACGAAUGGAAGUGCUCCGCGUCCUAUGGAAGCGACCUUCAGUAGUCGGCAGGAUAAGGGAAUAGAAACCCCUGGGUGAGCUUGGUGUAAAUUUCGGGGAGAUUAGAGUCAGAGCUAAGGCUUAGAUUAUGCUCUGGAUUAGGUUGAGGCUCAGGGUUGUGAUUUGCGCAGAAUUAUGCUCGGAGUUAAUGUUAGGAUUUGAGCAUGGGAUUAGGUACACAUCCUGGAAGUUGGCGCGGAGGCACCUGCAUUACGGGGGGUCUUUAUCCCCAUGUCCUACCCAAUGAUAUAAGACGAAUUCCGCAUGGAGUUUAGACUUUCUGUUUCGUAUUUGAGGAGACACAUAGUGAGCGAUUGACUGACAAGGACAAAAGGGCUGUUGAUAAGAAGAAGAAGAAGAAGAAGAAGAAGAAGAAGAAGAAGAAGAAGCGAUCGCUGGAACAAGGCCUUUAUUCGCCUGAAGUUUUGGAUUUUCAUCUGAACCCAUCAUCAGAGACAGUGGCGAAAACGAGUGAUUCGUGCACAGGACGCAGUUGCUAUGCUACCGCAUACCCAUAGUAAUCAACCGCGCUCCCCUUCAUCAAGCCGGCGUAUGUCCAAAAGAAUAAGAGAACACCUUCCGGCAUGGUUAGGAAAGGGCUAAAUAAAGAACGUCAACAGCUCUAUCCUCGCCCGCAUGGUAGACACAGAUCACUGUGCAGAUGCCGGACAGGCAUUCCGAGUGAUUUACAAGGUCACGUCAAGCUAUCCAAAAUCACUUGGACAGUGUCUGUUGGCAACUGUAGAGGCGACUGCAAUCAGGCUAUAAAAACCAGUUCUAUGCGCAAAAAAGAACUUCGCACAAGCCCCAUAGUUACCAUGGGCCAAAGCCACCAUGCUAACCACCUGCGUAUAACUACCCCGUCCCAGUGUCCGCCACCCCCUUCUCCCCCUGACACUGACGGUAACUUUGUUUUUCACCUAACCCACUCUGACCCUCCCCCCCCCCUCAAACCCCAGAUACAGAAUAACUUCUGCUUGCCCGCAUUCUCCUUCUAAUAAUGUCGAUAGCAAUAUACAUAUAUAGACCUGAUGAGAAUUUAUCGAAAGCUUACGUAUGCUUGUCGAUUUGUCUUUUAAAUUCUUUAAUGGAAAUUUUCGCAACGCUACAGUAGAUGUGCUAACUCAUGAAAUGUCAACCAAAAUUUCGAAAUGCGUUCUCGUUUCGAAAAGAUAAAUUUAGUAGUGUUGUAAAACUAAUCAUGAUGCAGCAUAAAUCUAUAAUGAUCCAGUUACCUCAGGGUGUCGGCUUUCGAAAGAACUUAUUUUCGACUGCAUGCAAGAUCUAUACUCUGCAAAAAAUGACUACUUAUGUAGUAUGCAAUUUUCUCAUUGAUUUCGAUGCCCUUGAAAAUUCAAUUAUAUGUCAUAGAAAACAUGCAUAAAAAUAUUCAUUCUUUUACUUAUUCGGUAGAAAAUCACGUCCUCUUCCAAUUUUAUACUCAAAAGAAGAGUAUAAUUCGGUUUUUAAAAAGUUUCUUAUUGUGAGAUUUUUUAAUACCGUUAAAUGGCCGUUCAUGAAACGUCAUGUAUCUGUAUUUACGAAUGUGGCUUGUAAAGUUAACAAUAUUGCUCAAAUUCACUGCUUAAUUCUAUGAACCUCAUAUGGUCUCCUCUUAACACCGUAGAGAAAUACAUGCAAUAUUGUUAACUUUACAAGCCACAUUCGUAAAUGCAGAUACAUGACGUUUUAUGAACGGCCAUGAAACGGUAUUAAAAAAUCUCACAAUAAGAAACUUUUUAAAAACCGAAUUAUACUCUUCUUUUGAGUAUAAAAUUGGAAGAGGACGUGAUUUUCUACCGAAUAAGUAAAAGAAUGAAUAUUUUUAUGCAUGUUUUCUAUGACAUAUAAUUGAAUUUUCAAGGGCAUCGAAAUCAAUGAGAAAAUUGCAUACUACAUAAGUAGUCAUUUUUUGCAGAGUAUAGAUCUUGCAUGCAGUCGAAAAUAAGUUCUUUCGAAAGCCGACACCCUGAGGUAACUGGAUCAUUAUAGAUUUAUGCUGCAUCAUGAUUAGUUUUACAACACUACUAAAUUUAUCUUUUCGAAACGAGAACGCAUUUCGAAAUUUUGGUUGACAUUUUAUGAGUUAGCACAUCUACUGUAUAUUAACCUCCAGAGGUCCAAAAGUACUUAGUAGAUUUUGCAGUAAGUUGGAGUGCAUUGAUUGAAGAGUGUUUGAUGUUUUUCUGCGAUUGCCUAGCGGCGGAUCAGAGUUCAUUUUAACGUAGAACGACACUUUUUACAACAGCAGGGCGUGAGACUAUCUAGCAGUGUUCGCAGUGUUUGCACCACGCUUCGUUGACUGUCUUUUUGAGCAUUCCCAGCUUUUAUUCACACACUUUACGGAUCCUAAGGCGCGAGUGUGCAUGGAAAGAAAGGAGGCGCUGCCAUAUCCGACUCCCUUUGUAUGGAGACUUGGCUGUUCAUUUUCUCUUGUUAUGCAGGAUUUAUCGGUCAAAAUAGAAAUGACACGACUCGGAAAAAGACACUCCCGGUAAAUACUGGCUGUUAUACGCACGUCAAUGAAUCCUUCCAGGUAGUCUACUAAAUACCAUCGAACCACCACCGGUCACAGCAACAGUGCAUUAGCACAAUGCAGAACAGCCCUAUGAGAGCAAAUAACCCUUGCACAGGAAGUGAAGUUGUCGCAACUUGAACGUCUACUUCGACGAAUCCGUAUAACCCCGAGUAAGGUAGCCGCAGUGACAUGAGAAGGACGCCUACUCGUCUGGCCUGAUUUCGAGACAGCUUAGGGGGUGUCAACAAAUACGGUGGUGUUGAAUGAUCAUUUCUGGCUCGAUGACUUGUGAGUCAUUGGUUGAGCAUCCAGAUUCAAGAUAGUAACCCCGAAUUGAAUCCCAGUUCCCACUGAUCUGCGGUUAGGGUUGGCCUAGAGGGUGACAAUGAACAAACCCGGCAUUGUCACUGUGACCUUAGCGUAUCGCUCUCCGGAUAACAGUCUCUUUACUCACAUGUGAUUGGGAACAUCGCAUCGUGCGGAAAUGGUGUUCACUGGUUGAUCCUGAUUUCAGUACAGAGCAUGGGGGGUUUGAGAGUGGACUGCUCGCCCACGGCUAGAGGGUAGAGCGUUUGACUUAUGGCCCACUUACCAAAUUGCACUUCUUGACGAAACAGUAUGCUACUGCUAUUGAAUCCCAAAGUGCGUUUAAAGUCGAGAAGGCUAGAAGAGACUCCAAUUUGGGGAGAAGCUAAAAUAAGUAUGGUCUAAACAGGAAAAGGCGGGAACGGUCGGCGAGGCGACCGUGGUAAACAUGACGAGAGGCCGAACAAAAAUCCCUUCUGCUGUAGGGGGAUCACAAAUAAUCCUGAAGUAAAGGAUGCGACUGCAAAUUCCAGGCAUGAAGAAAAAUACGCAAAAACCAGGGAUGCGCCUUAUCCCACGGACUACUGGGUUAGAACUUCUGCUCUGAAAGAUGAGCGUUUUACACAUCAGGUCCUCCGCUUCAUGCCUCCUCACUGUUGACCAACGUCAGUCUCGCACGAGAUGGUAAAUGCGUCCAAAAUCGAAAUGAUACGUUUGGCCACAUAGUUAAUGAGGCUAAGGAGGAUGGCCUUUUCGUCAUUGUUGUAAGCUUAAUGUCCGUCGGGAUACUCCGCCCUCCCUCGGGAGACCUCAAAAAGCUGAACUGUCCAACUGCCGAUUGAACUAAGAUCGAAUAUAGACUCGAAUGGACAGCGCACUGAAUGAGUUUCAAAUCAUUCUAAUGAACAGAAGAUAUUCGAAAAAGAGCUCUGAGUGACUAUUCCUCCCACCAUUCUAAACAAACAUUUGGUUGCUUAUUUGCAAUGGCUAAUUCUAGGUGCACAGUCUCGUGUUCACUAUUCUUACCUACUGGUGGGUGAGUGAAUGUGAAAUAACAGACGAAUAAAACAUUUGUCCCAGCAGUCGGUUCUCCCUCCUCUCAACUAUAUUGCCUCGACCUCGCUUUUUUCGCCUGUACUGGCCAGGUUUGAGGUGUAACUUAGUUUUCUUUGUUUUCUUGUCCCGAGUACUUAUUUUUAACUUUUUUUAGCUACUUGCAAUCAUAAUUGCGGAUUCGCCGAAGGAAAAGGCUAUUGUCAACUUCCAAGGACGAGUUCUGGGUCCCGGAGCGCAGGGCCACUGCGUACUGCGAUCAAAGGAAAGGAGCGAAAAGGAGACCUCCUAG